UAGUUUAUAUUAGUGCUGUGAAACUGUUGGUUUCGCGUAGGCUUUGUAUUGUACUCUCACAAAAUUUAAAUUUUACAUAACUAUUCUCAGUAAAAAAUUUUUUUGGUUGCAUUCCAAAAUUAUUCAUAGGUAAUAAAUAAAAUUGGCGACUGCCAACAAGCACCUACGCAGUAAACAAACAACAACCUGAGCUCAAGUGGAAUAUUCAACAGCAGCAAGAUGUCGAUUAGACGGRCAAUGUCAAGCUCAAGCUCAAGCGCCGCCGAAUGGCGCAAUUACUUUCUGAGCACCCACUUUUGGGGACCGGUUGCCAAUUGGGGCAUCCCGAUAGCUGCCAUUGCGGACACGUCCAAACAUCCAAAAUUCAUCUCUGGCAGAAUGACCUUCGCCCUGACCCUGUACUCGUGUAUUUUCAUGCGUUUCGCCUACAAAGUGCAACCUCGUAAUUGGCUGCUCUUCGCUUGCCAUGCCACGAAUGCUUCGGCGCAGGCUUUCCAGGGCUUACGCUAUCUCAAAUACACGUACUCCGAGGAAUCAUCCACGUAGGUUGUUCAGUAACCACCUGUUCCAGCGAGCGCCCGAUGUCACUCUCUAAAUAUUUGAACAACAAUGAUGACACCAACGAUUGCAAUUUAUCGCAAACACGCAACUGACCGACCGACGUAAUCGCUCGACCCCAUCCCAGCCCCCGUCAAAUUGGUUGAAUCUCAUUGAGGAAUGCUGCCGAUUUAUUGUUCACGUGUGCUCCACAGCCUCUGAGAGUGCGUCGUGCGCUAAAUGCUCUUCAGUUAGUGGUUUCCAAACGGUUCUGGUUGUAGAUAUAAUGUAUAUGAUUUUAACAUUUAAAAUUUAAUGUGCAAUAGACAAAUUAAA